CUCUUAAGAUUCCUUUUAUAUCUAAAAAUUAAUUAAAAUUUAAAUCUUAAAUCAUGUGAUUAAAAGACAUAAUUUGUUACUCUUAGUAAUUUUGUGCUUUUGGUUCUCUCUAUAUAAGGGUGCUCCAACCUUAGCUAGAAGUGCGCAUUUUGUGAAAAAAAAUAAAAAAUGGGGAUAGGGGUACUAUUUGUUGGGUUUUUCUUGCUAUCUUGUGUUGUGUGUGUGAAGGGUGUGGAGCCAAAAGCCUCACCCACUUGUACAUUUCCGGCAGUUUACAACUUUGGGGACUCAAACUCAGACACUGGAGGCAUAUCAGCUUCAUUUGUGCCAAUUCCUGCACCUUAUGGCGAGGGCUUCUUUCACAAGCCUUCUGGAAGGGACUGUGAUGGCCGUCUCAUUGUAGAUUUCAUAGCUGAGAAGCUAAACUUGCCAUACUUAAGUGCUUAUCUGAAUUCCCUUGGAACCAAUUACCGGCAUGGGGCAAAUUUUGCCACUGGGGGAUCCACCAUUAGGAAGCAGAAUGAAACCAUAUUUCAAUAUGGAAUAAGUCCUUUCUCUCUUGACAUUCAGAUUGUGCAAUUUAACCAGUUUAAAGCACGCACCAAACAACUCUAUGAAGAAGCCAAGGCCCCACAUGAAAAGAGCAAGCUUCCAGUGCCUGAGGAGUUCUCUAAGGCUCUCUACACAUUUGACAUUGGCCAAAAUGAUCUCUCUGUUGGGUUUAGAAAGAUGAAUUUUGACCAAAUACGUGAAUCCAUGCCAGAUAUUCUCAACCAGUUAGCCAAUGCAGUCAAAAAUAUAUACCAACAAGGAGGGAGAUACUUCUGGAUACACAACACUAGCCCCUUUGGCUGCAUGCCAGUGCAACUAUUUUACAAGCACAAUAUACCAGAAGGCUAUCUUGACCAAUAUGGAUGUGUGAAGGAUCAAAAUGUGAUGGCUACAGAAUUCAACAAGCAGCUUAAGGAUCGAGUCAUCAAAUUGAGGACAGAGCUCCCAGAAGCUGCAAUUACUUAUGUAGAUGUAUAUGCUGCAAAGUAUGCACUAAUUAGUAAUACCAAAAAAGAAGGAUUUGUGGAUCCAAUGAAGAUUUGUUGUGGGUAUCAUGUGAAUGACACACACAUUUGGUGUGGGAAUUUAGGGACUGAUAACGGGAAGGACGUGUUUGGUUCUGCUUGUGAGAACCCUUCACAGUAUAUAAGUUGGGACAGUGUUCAUUAUGCUGAGGCUGCAAACCAUUGGGUUGCAAAUCGUAUACUCAAUGGCUCUUACACUGACCCACCGACACCCAUCACCCAAGCAUGUUACAGGCAUUAAGCAUCAUAGUCAGAAAAUCAUUUCUGAUUGGACAUUAAUUCCUAAAGGAACUUAUAUAUCAGAAAUUGUAGUAUUGCUUGAGACUUUUAUUUAUUCCUGUGCUAGAUGAGAACCACUAGUUUGGUGCUCCUUGAAUGUUCCAAUACACAUCAUUCGGGAGAUAGGCAAAUUCAUUGGCCAAUUAAUUGGUGCUUUUCAAACAUUGGUUGCAACCAACUAUUUAAAAUUUGAUGCAUUCUUGGCCUUAACUUUAAAAGCAUUUCAUUUCUCAACACGUGCUUGUUCUCGAAAGUUUAUAUUGUGCAUUUGAUCAGAUUAAUUUAUUACAUGUUACUUCCAUCUCUAAAUUCAGUUGGGUCUCCAAAUAUGUACUGUAUUUAUGUACCCAAAAAAAUGUACUUUAUUUGAACAAGAGUCCCAAGUUCAGAGUAAUGGAUAAUGAUCUGGAUUUUUUAUUAUGCAU